CUUAUUAUGUCGUGUCGCUUUGCGUUCGGUUGUCCCUGGAGUGGUGUGUUAUAUCUCUGUGUGUGAGGUGUCUGUUAUAAGUUUGCUCACAUUUUUGGUCAAAGAUGGCAGCCGGAAAGUCAAACCCAGAAGAACUGGCCACAGCCAUCUUGAAAACGAAGCUGAAGCCCAACCGGCUCUUGGUGGAAGAGGCCACGAACGAUGACAAUUCUGUCGUUUCACUUUCUCAGGCGAAAAUGGAUGAGUUGAUGUUAUUCCGCGGAGACACUGUGCUGCUGAAGGGGAAGAAGAGGAGGGAGACUGUGUGCAUCAUGCUCUCCGACAGCACCUGUCCCACAGAAAAGAUCCGCAUGAACCGUUGCGUGCGCAACAACUUGCGGGUACGGCUCGGCGAUGUUGUCAGCAUUCAGCCCUGCCCCGAUGUGAAAUACGGCAAACGAAUCCACGUCCUCCCGAUCGACGACACAGUCGAGGGACUCACGGGGAGUCUGUUUGACGUGUACCUGAAGCCGUACUUCCUGGAAGCGUACCGGCCCAUCCACAAGGGAGACCUCUUCCUCGUUCGCGGAGGCAUGAGGGCAGUGGAGUUCAAGGUGGUGGAAACUGACCCCUCACCGUACUGCAUCGUGGCCCCCGACACUGUGAUCCACUGUGAUGGGGAACCCAUCAAGCGAGAGGAAGAGGAAGAGAGUUUGAACGAGGUUGGCUACGACGAUAUUGGAGGUUGCCGUAAGCAGUUGGCCCAGAUCAAGGAGAUGGUAGAGCUCCCACUCAGACAUCCCAGUCUCUUCAGAGCUAUUGGUGUCAAGCCACCCAGAGGUAUUCUUUUAUAUGGUCCCCCAGGAACUGGUAAAACGCUGAUCGCACGAGCAGUGGCCAACGAGACGGGAGCUUUCUUUUUCCUCAUUAACGGUCCCGAGAUCAUGAGCAAGCUUGCAGGAGAGUCGGAAAGCAACCUCCGCAAAGCGUUUGAGGAGGCGGAAAAGAAUGCCCCUUCCAUCAUCUUCAUAGACGAGCUGGACGCUAUUGCGCCAAAGAGAGAGAAGACGCACGGUGAGGUGGAACGCCGGAUCGUCUCCCAACUGCUGACCCUCAUGGAUGGAUUGAAACAGAGAGCACACGUCAUCGUCAUGGCUGCCACAAACCGUCCCAACAGCAUCGACUCUGCUCUCAGGCGCUUUGGUCGUUUCGACCGAGAAGUGGACAUCGGAAUCCCAGAUGCUACGGGUCGUCUGGAGAUCCUGCGAAUCCAUACCAAAAAUAUGAAACUCGCAGACGACGUGGAUCUGGAAAAGAUUGCUGCAGAGACACACGGCUUUGUGGGUUCCGAUCUGGCAGCCCUGUGUUCUGAGGCUGCCCUGCAACAGAUUAGAGAGAAGAUGGACCUCAUUGAUCUAGACGACGAGCAGAUUGACGCGGAAGUGCUGCACUCGCUCGCUGUGACUAUGGACAACUUUAGGUGGGCGAUGGGCAAGAGCAGUCCGAGUGCCUUGAGAGAAACCGUCGUGGAAGUUCCCACGGUUACCUGGACUGAUAUUGGUGGCUUGGAGAACGUCAAGAAAGAGCUGCAGGAAAUGAUCCAGUAUCCCGUGGAAUACCCAGAGAAGUUCCUCAAGUUUGGCAUGACCCCUUCGAGGGGCGUGCUCUUCUAUGGUCCACCAGGCUGUGGAAAGACGUUGCUGGCCAAGGCCAUUGCCAAUGAGUGCCAGGCUAACUUCAUUUCCAUUAAGGGCCCUGAGCUGCUCACCAUGUGGUUUGGAGAGUCUGAAGCAAAUGUUCGGGAUGUCUUUGACAAGGCCAGAGCGGCUGCUCCGUGCGUGUUGUUCUUCGACGAGUUGGACUCAAUUGCAAAGGCAAGAGGUGGCAACAUUGGAGAUGCAGGAGGAGCUGCAGACAGAGUUAUCAACCAGAUCCUGACUGAAAUGGAUGGCAUGAGUAGCAAAAAGAACGUAUUCAUCAUCGGGGCCACGAACCGUCCAGACAUCAUCGACCCAGCCAUCUUGCGUCCAGGGCGUCUGGACCAGCUCAUCUAUAUUCCCCUGCCAGAUGAGAAGUCACGCGUGUCCAUACUCAAGGCCAACUUGCGAAAAUCUCCCCUGGCUCCAGAUGUGGAUCUCAACUUCAUUGCCAGCAUUAGUCCAGGAUUCAGCGGAGCUGACUUGACGGAAAUCUGCCAACGUGCCUGCAAGUUAGCCAUUCGGGAGUCCAUUGAACUUGAGAUCCGACGAGAGAAAGAAAACGUCCAGAAUCCUGAUGCCAAGAUGGACGUGGACAAUGACCCGGUGCCAGAGAUUCGGAAGGACCACUUUGAGGAGGCCAUGAAAUUUGCCAGGCGGUCUGUGAGUGAAAAUGACAUCCGCAAGUACGAGAUGUUUGCUCAGACAUUGCAGCAGAGCAGAGGCUUUGGAACUAACUUCAGAUUCCCAAGCUCUCAACCUGCGGGACCCGGAGGCAACAGCCAGGGCAACAACCCCAACCCAUCUAAUUUCCAGGACGAUGACGACGACCUCUACAGUUAAUUCCUUCUCACAUCCCAAACUUUAUUUUUUUGCCCUUUUUUUCUCAUUCCGUUUCCCAGUUGGCCGUCACGACAAGCCAGCACGUCGCACACAGACAGUAAUCGAAUGUGGAAGCAAAAUUGUGUGGGUGGAAGGGGUUUCUCCAAGCCACAUGCUGGUUUCCAGUUGAAGAAAGUGUACAUAUGCGUUGAGGGAAGUCUCUCUUUUUUUUUUUUUUUCUGGCUCCUUCGUUCUCCUUUGUAUUUAAAUGAGAAGUGUGGAAAAUGCACGUGCGUGUAACCAAUAAAAUAUUUCCACUUCGUU